AUGACAACGCUACAAUUUCAGCCAUUGCAGUCCCAGCCAACGCCAGAGUUCUGGGCAUCUCUGACUGCCCUCAAGCUCGACAAGCUUGGGCUGGACGACUCCGUUCUGCCCAUCCACGCGAUUGUCGAUGAGGGUCGUCAAAUCUCCACUCCUGGGUCUCACCACCAGACGAAAAACGCCCAGGAUCAUAGCCUGCAGCACUAUGUUCAUGGUGGUGUUCUGCUGUCGGCAACUGCCUUUGAGGAGCUAAAUGUCACGACGGCAAACCAACACUCCAUGGUCUUCAAAGGCGAGUUCAAAAACUUCAACACACUCGAGGAGUUUCGUUCUCCGCAAGCCAAAAAAGCGCUAUUUGACUCGAUGGUGGCGCGAAUGAUCGAGUCGUUUACAACCGAUCAGCCCAUCUUGAACAGCUUCCUCAUGUUUGCAUUUGCCGACCUCAAAAAGUACAGCUAUCACUAUCGCUUUGCAUUCCCGGCGCUGGUCUCCAAACCUGCCUGGCUAGUCGAGGGCGGGUUUAGGCAGGCCGAGAGAAUGGAUGUUGAUGAAGUUCGCGCGCUCGUGGCUCAUGAUUCCGACUUCUCAGUCAAGAAUUUGGAUGCGUUUAUCGUGAAGGGUACUCCAGGGCAGCGUCAACUUGCGCCCAUCACACAAGCCAAAGCUUUCUUUGACGGCAUUCCUGAUAAAGAGAGAAUGGUCGUCUUCCAUGACCCGUCAGCUCUUCCCAACAACCCGGGAUGGCCGUUGCGCAACGCCCUCUACUUCUUACAAGUGCACCAGGGCAUUUCCGCCGUCAACGUCCUCUGUCUCCGUCAAGGCGAAGCCAGUCUCGUGGGAAGCGUGUCGACUGCCGAUUCUGGUGACCCGCACGCCAAGCCACAGGCAGUUGGAUGGGAGCGCGACCAUAACGGGGCCUUGGCGAGCAAACGAGCAGACCUUGGAGCCUCUCUUGACCCAGCUCGUCUCGCCGAGCAGGCCGUCGAUUUAAACCUGAAGCUGAUGCGCUGGCGAAUUAUGCCGGAACUCGAUCUGGACAAGGUGGCAUCAACACGGUGUCUGCUCUUAGGGGCGGGUACACUGGGAUGUUACGUCGCGCGCGCCCUCAUGGGAUGGGGCAUUAGAACAAUCACAUUUGUCGACUCGGCCCGAGUGUCAUUCUCCAACCCUGUGCGACAGCCCCUGUUUCGAUUUGAGGACUGUCUUGAUGGAGGCAAGCCUAAGGCUGCAUGUGCUGCGGGGCGGCUGAGGGAGAUCUUUCCUUCGAUGAAUGCUAUAGGACACUCGUUCACGAUUCCCAUGCCUGGGCACCCAGUUGGUGACAGAGAGACGGCUCAUGAUGCCAAGGACAGUGUAGAGCUCUUGGAGCGUCUCAUCUCUGAGCAUGACGUCGUUUUCCUCCUGAUGGACUCUCGGGAGUCCCGCUGGCUGCCGACGUUGAUCGCCGCGAGCCAGGGCAAACUCGUCAUCAAUGCUGCUCUCGGCUUCGAUAGCUACCUUGUGAUGCGUCACGGUGUUGGGGCGUUCGAGAGCCACUCGAAACGUUUGGGCUGCUAUUUUUGCAACGACAUCGUCGCGCCGGUGGACUCCUUGACGGACCGCACUCUGGAUCAAAUGUGUACAGUCACUCGCCCCGGCAUUGCGCCUAUCGCUGCGGCGUCAGCUGUCGAGUUACUUGCGGCCGUCAUUCAGCAUCCUCUUGGGCGAGGUGCCCCCGCCGAGCGGCCGGGCAAUGUUAUCUCGGAAACUCAACCGGGCUCUCCCCUUGGACCAGUGCCUCAUCAGCUCCGGGGUGCUCUCCGCCAAUGGAACACAUCUAUUGUGGAAGGUUAUGCGUUCGAGCGCUGCACGGCUUGCAGCGAGAAGGUGAGCAGUUCUGAGACUAUGUGCUAA